GUACUUAAAUACUACACCAGUACCGUUUGAAAUGUUCUUAUAAAACGUAACAAAUCUUCACAAAAUUAACAGAACUAAAAAAACAUUUGUCUUUGAUUUUCAGAUAAAAUGAAAGCGUUAACAGUCCUUAUACUGGUGUUUUGCCUUACAAAUUCACUCGCUGAGUACCAAUACUCAACCCAUUAUACAUCACUCGAUUUGGAAUCAAUUUUUUCAAAUGAAAAAAUUAUGAGCAACUACAUGAAUUGCUUUCUUGACAAAGGUUCAUGUACUCCUGAGGCAACUGAAUUUAAACGUGAUAUUGCACACGCCUUAACAACAAACUGCUCCGAUUGUUCUGCUGAACAGAAGAAAAUAAUGAGAAAAGCCUGUUCCCAUAUAAUGAAAAAUACUCCCGAGAAGUGGUCUAUGUUGGUGAAAAAGUUUGAUCCUGAUAAUAAAUACACCGACGCUUUUAUAAAAUUUAUUAAUAUGGAUUAGAUUGCUGACGGAUGUUCGUUUAUAUUUCAAAUUUAAUUUAGUAGUUUAUUGUUCGACAUCUUUUUUGUGAAAAGUUAAUAAACACAAUGCUUUAGUUUUUGAAGUGGA